GAUCCCAGCCAUAUGACCUCCGGGGCCAGACGGAGUGGAGUCGUCGGUCGUCUCUUCAUUUUCAAGUGAACUUGCGGUCCACCGUAGUCCAAGAUGGCAAAACGAUUCGCAGGAGCUAAAGUCAACUGGGCUUCCAUCCUCGAACGGUUCCCCACCAAAGAGGAGGAACAGCUUGCAAAGCUCGCCAAGAUCAGGAAGGCCCACGAAACCUUCAUUAGAAGGGUUGCGGCACUUCCUGAGAAGCCACCAGCAAUUGACUGGACCGCAUACAAGAACAAGAUCCCAGCUGCUUUUGUGGACUCUAUCAAGCAGAAGUACGAGGCCAUCCAGAUCCCCUACCCCAAGAGCAAUGUAGACGAUGCGAUCAAUGCGAAGGAGCAGGAAAUGGCUUCUAAAGUUACCAAGGCAAGGGAGGACGGCAAGGCUACUAUCAAGAAGCUGGAAGAUAAACUUGCCCAACUGGAGUUGUUGAUGCCAUCUGAGAAGAUGACAAUCCAGGAGGCUAUUCAAACCGACCCCAAAUGUGGUGUCAACGUCGCUUAUCCGACUCCUACUCCUCAUGACGAUCAGGAGACCAACAGGGCAUGGCGUAUUUACAUUGACCGCAAGGACAAGGGACUCCCUGCUGAGAGGCCACAGGGUUAAAUUUUCAAUUAAAUGUUCCAAAUCAGGGAUUUCUGUACCUAGACAUCUUUUACAACCAUCUUGGAUUUUAUCUGUAAUUAGUUGCUAUUGUGAACCUGUUAUUGCAAGCUGUCUACCUCUAGGCAGUUUGAAUGAAAUAAAUGUAUAUGGCGCUUA